AUAGAGCAUAAUGUUUUUAUAAUAACAAUUGACGAGGCUAAUGACGCAUUUGAGCAAGACAGUGGACACUAUUACAUGUAGCAUCAAGGGAAAACACCAUUGUUGUGCUUUACGAAACCUAGAUUACAUAUCUGUAGACCAUUUUCAAGCCAACUUAAAGACUUCAAYUUGAAACAACUGCUGAAAACGUUGUGAAUUUUACUUUCGUUGUUAGCUACGUGACUCACAGCUCCAAGGUGAAAAUGAAGGUCUUUUUAUCGACGAUUGUAGCACUAUUAAUCCUGGCUUGCAUCUCUGAUGCUCGCAUAAAAGAUUCGAAGAGACAAAGCAUUUUGGCGACAAAAAUAAAGAUUCUCAAGGCAUCUMUUCCGGUGAUUGCAGAGCUUUCUCCUAAUGGUACUGCAUCGACCACAACCCCUCAAGCUAUUCCUACAGUAGACGUUAACUUUAUUAAAACUGCUGCUCCAACCAAACGCAUUCUACGGACCCCUAACUUGACAUAUGUCGAGCGCAAGUGUUGUAAGCUGGGAUUUCGAGGCGGGAAAAAGGGUUUCAGCUGUGACUGGGAUCGCUACACUGCYUUCCGUUACACCAACAUGGAACAUCGGAUGAAGAUGAAAUUCUUCGGUCGAAAGCCCUCCAAGAGAACCCAGCGUUUUGUCAAGCAUGUCGUGAAUUUCUGUGUUAAAACUGGCUUGAAACGUCUGUUCCAAAAGUGCUGCAGAAGUGCAUAAGCGAUUCACGACGCUCGCCCGUGCGACACUUGUUUGACGCAUAUCGACUUCUAUACAUAUGUACAAAUCUAGUGCUCUUGAACACCAGCUACAAAAUUAUAACAUUAAAUCCUUUAUUGGUUAAACUUUCUUUGUCAACAAGCUCUGAAGUCAGAGAUAAAUGUUAAUUUACAAACAGCGUAAUCUGGUAAAUAUUGUAUAUAUAAUGACAUUUUACAAAGUAAAGUAGGAUCAGAAAAUUGGUCUUGUCAAGCCACUGAACCCUGACAAAUCCAAUUUUAGAAAGGUUUCUUCGGUAUUAAUUCAACCUUAAAAGUUUAUAACGAUUUAUUAUGAAUUUCUUAUACUCCUUUAAAAAACUUCUAWGCAUAUUUUCCGUAUAUCUUAAUUCAUUUGUUUGAAGAUUGAUCUAAAAACAUAAUACAGUAUUCAAGCAACUUGUUUUGAUGUGGUACGCCAACCGGAAGUCGCAAGAGUGCUUUUGUAAAUAGUGUAUAUAGACGGCAGAUUAUACUACCAWAAUUACUAUCAUUCUUUUUCAAGUUUUUAUCUCCUACUUAUUUGACUGCUGYUAUCUUAUCAUAGAGUAAAGGUUUUAUACACAUUUAGUAGUAUUUACAGGCGUUUGUUUUAGGUUAUAACAAUGUAACUUGAUCUUCAAUAAAUAUUUUGUCUUUAUUACAUACUUUUUACAUUGUGAUUUUGACGUAAAAAUUCGAUUGACAAGAAAGUUAAUCACGCCUUCUUUUCCUUCACCAAAACAACAGCGUUUAUUUUAGUGAGAUUAAUAAAACUCAUGGUUAAAACAAAGACUUAAACCGAAAUUUGAUUAGUUUUUUUUUCUACGGGAACAGAAGAGUCUUUGUUAUUCCGUGAUACAUGAGUGAACUAGAUAACUGACCCACUUCCAUUGCACUUAGCUGUCUGCUAUUGUCUUGUCUCACAAUAAACAAAGCCAAAAUGCAAAUGAA